AUGGCUAUGGCAGCAGCAUCCAGCCAUAAUGAGAACUCCUCUGAAAGCCAAAUAGUUGUAACCUUCCUCUUGUCAGCCCUUGAGUCGAUGUGCAAGGAGCUUGCCAAGUCUAAGGCAGAAGUUGCCUGCAUUGCUGUCUAUGAAGCAGAUGUGUUUGUGGUGGGAACUGAGAGAGGAAGAGCCUUUGUCAAUACCAGGGAAGAUUUUCAGAAAGAUUUUGUGAAGUACUGUGUUAACGAAGAGGCAAAGCCUGCUGAACUGCAGAAAAUAAAAUCCACCUCACUUGAUAACAGAGCGAUGGUAGAUAUUGUGGAAAUGGAAGCCCUCAGGAAAUCUGUGGAGGACUACUUCUGCAUCUGUUAUGGUAAAGCUUUAGGGAAAUCAGUGGUAGUUCCUGUGCCAUAUGAUAAAAUUCAGAGGGACCCGUCUGCUUUGAUAGUGCAUGGCCUCCCAGAAGGACUUUCAUUUAAGCAUCCCUCCAGCUAUGAUGCCACAGUAUUGAAGUGGAUUCUGGAAAACAAAUCUGGGAUCUCAUUUGUCAUCAAAAGGCCUUUCCUUGAGCCAAAGAAACAUCUAGGUAAGUAAACACUUGGCUGCAC